UUCCGUGGGGAGCGAAUUGCCUUUACACUUUGUGUUAAACGUGCUUUUAAAAAUUAUUUUAGGCUGGAUUCUCAAAUUGUAAAUUCGUCUAAUUUGACGGGAUUUCAGGAUAUUCCAGAGAUCAUUAUUUUAUUUUCCUCAUAGGAUAACAGAAGACGCAAUGGUGAAGCAGAAGAAAAAAACACGUGAACUUAGCCAUGCAGAGCUGAUGAUGAUGACGGUUGCCGAUGUAAUAAAACAACUUGUUGAAGCUCAUGAGGAAGGAAAGGACAUAAAUCUCAAUAAGUUGAAGACAAAAAUGUCAGCUAAGUAUGGACUUUCAAUACAGCCACGUUUGGUGGAUAUAAUUGCUGCAGUGCCACCCCAGCACCGCCAAGCGCUACUUCCUAAGCUGAAGGCCAAGCCUAUUCGCACUGCAAGUGGAAUUGCAGUAGUAGCAGUAAUGUGCAAACCUCAUCGAUGUCCUCACAUCAACUUUACAGGCAAUAUAUGUGUGUACUGUCCUGGUGGCCCCGAUUCUGACUUUGAAUAUUCAACACAGUCCUACACAGGCUAUGAGCCAACUUCAAUGAGAGCAAUUCGAGCAAGAUAUGAUCCUUUCCUUCAAACACGUCAUCGCAUUGAACAGUUAAAGCAGCUGGGACAUAGUGUGGACAAAGUUGAGUUCAUAGUAAUGGGUGGAACCUUCAUGGCUCUGGCUGAAGAAUAUCGAGACUUCUUCAUAAGGAACUUGCAUGAUGCACUUUCAGGGCAUACUUCCAGUUGUGUGGCUGAGGCUUUGAGGCACUCAGAGAGAAGCAGCAUCAAGUGUGUUGGAAUUACUAUUGAGACUAGACCCGAUUACUGCUUGAAGAGACAUCUUAGUGACAUGCUGUCAUAUGGAUGUACACGACUAGAGAUUGGAGUACAAAGUGUAUAUGAGGAUGUGGCCAGAGAUACUAACAGGGGUCACACAGUAAAGGCUGUUUGUGAAUCCUUCCAUCUUGCUAAGGAUGCUGGCUUUAAAGUGGUCGCUCAUAUGAUGCCAGAUCUACCCAAUGUGGGACUGGAAAGAGACAUAGAACAAUUCAUUGAACUUUUUGAAAGUACUUCAUUUCGUCCAGAUGGAAUUAAACUUUACCCAACAUUGGUAAUUCGAGGUACUGGUCUAUAUGAGCUUUGGAAGACAGGACGAUAUAAGAGCUAUUCCCCAAGUUCACUUGUAGAUUUAGUAGCACGCAUUCUUGCUCUUGUACCUCCCUGGACUCGGGUCUAUCGUGUUCAAAGAGAUAUCCCAAUGCCUCUUGUGAGCUCAGGAGUGGAACACGGAAACCUUCGUGAACUGGCUCUGGCACGCAUGAAAGAUUUGGGAACAGAGUGUCGUGAUGUCAGAACCCGUGAAGUUGGAAUUCAAGAAAUACAUCAAAAAGUGAGGCCAUAUCAGGUGGAGCUCAUACGCAGAGACUAUGUUGCAAAUGGCAGCUGGGAGACCUUCUUGUCAUAUGAGGACCCCAAACAGGACAUUUUAAUUGGUCUUCUUCGUUUGAGGAAAUGCUCUUCAGAGUCAUUCCGCGAUGAACUAAAGGGAGACAUUUCUGUUGUCCGCGAGCUUCAUGUUUAUGGUAGUCUGGUACCAAUUAAUAGUCGAGACCCUCGCAAAUUCCAACACCAGGGUUUUGGAAUGUUGUUGAUGGAAGAAGCUGAGAGGAUUGCACAAGAAGAACAUGGAUCUGUAAAGAUAGCUGUAAUUUCAGGUGUUGGAACUCGCAACUAUUACAGAAAGAUUGGUUAUGAGUUAGAAGGGCCAUACAUGGUGAAAACACUUUGCUAAAUGAUUGUGUGCUUCAAUAAAAACAGCAGUAUCAUGAAAGGGGUGUUUUUUCUCUGCCAGAUUACCAUAUAAAGUAAUUUUGUAUGCAUGGAAAAAUUGUAUAUACCAUUGAUACAUGUAUUUGUUACAGUAGCCCACUUCUGCUCAUUUUUCAUUCCUUGAAACAAUUUUGUUGAAAUAAAUUUGGGUGUUUUUUAAAUUUGAUUUCUUUAGUAAAAUUUUCCUAAUGCUUUCAUUUCAGUUUCCUGUGUUAGUGUAAAUAUUUUACAGUGUGAUAAAUUUAAUUAUCCACUUUGGGACAAUAUUAAAAUUUUCGUCUGCUAAUGUUGUAAGUAUAAGUAAUAAUAUUCUUAAACCCACUGAAUUAAAUCGUGUAUGAGAAUAUUAUGUGAUGCUAAAUUUACAUGAAAACAAUAAAUAACCAUUAAAAUGUCAAAUUUAAUCAUAACGUUUAAAGAAUUUUUUCCAUAUUCUGAUACAUACAAGAGCUUAUUUAAUAUGGUGUUAAUGAUGAAAAGGCAUACUGUACCUAAUUUAUGCUGUAUAAUAACAAAAUAAAUGAAAGUGCUUUAAUUUGCUGAAAUAAACUGAUGUUUUCAGGG